GCCAGGGAAAUCCAUUAUCACCACACCCCAGCGAACAGCUUGAGCAGCUUGAGCCCUCAAAAGUUCAUAACAGCAUUGAUUGAUGUCUUUAGCCAGUUCCUCAGGAUUGGUGAAGAGCCCAUUGCCAGAGCAAAAGGUUUUUGAGCUUGCCCAGAGGCUCAUUGGGGGCAGCACGCCAGGCAGAGUGGCACCCGCACUGCUGCUUCAUGCUAACGGAAUGGCUACCAUCAAUCCAGAAGAGCUCAAGGGUCUUCGGGAGCGUUUCCGGGGAAAGAAUCAAACCUGUUUCAUUUUGGGUGCCUCAGGAGAGACUGGGAAAGAACUGCUAGCGGAGGUCCUGCGACAGCAGCUGUUCUCCAGAGUGACACUCAUUGGCCGCCGAAAGCUGAAUUUGGAAGGGCAGCUUUACUCCAACGUGGUCCAAGAGGUGGUCGACUUUGAGAAAUUGGAUGAAUCUGCUGCUGCCUUCCAAGGCCACGAUGUCGGGUUCUGCUGCCUGGGGACAACCAGAGGCAAAGCUGGAACGGAUGGACUUGUGCGUGUCGACCGUGACUACGUUGAGCAUUCAGCACAGCUAGCUAAAACGGGUGGCUGCCGCCACUUUGUUCUUCUGUCAGGCAAGGGUGCAGAUAGCUCCAGCAUUUUCUUCUUGCUCCGGGUUAAGGGUGAAGCAGAGGCCAGGGUUGAAGCGUUUGGGUUCAGCCAUUACUCCAUAUUUAGACCUGCAGUGCUGUUGUGUGAUCGUCAGGAAUCUCGGCCUGUUGAGUGGAUGGCCAGGAAAGUCCUAGGAGCGGUAGCAUACUUCUCCCCUAUGCUAUCUGUACGUUAUGCUAUCUCUACAGCAACUGUGGCCCGAGCAAUGGCAAACAAUGUAGUGAUUCCAGGAAGUGAAGGCCAGAAGGUGGAGGUGCUGGAAAAUGCAGCCAUACAUGCCCUAGGGCAGACAAAAUAGUUGGGAGGAUUCGUAGAUGACCUAAGGGUGAAGGGUGCCUAACUCCAAGGCCAAGUGCAUGCUAUUUUUCCUUUCCCCCAGAGUUUUCCCCUGAAGUAGUGAGGUCUUGCCUAUUACCUUGUAGCCAUUCCUGUGGCUUUCUCCAUUGUCCCCAUGACAAGCAAGCAAACUUCCACAUCUCCUGUGGGUUCUGUUUUGAAUACGGUUACUUGUUUCCAAAAGAGCCAGUAUUCAAGAACUGACCGUGGUAGAGUGAUCUGAAAACAUUGGGCAGAUCUCCAGGGGGAGAAUAAGCUGGUUGUGGGAUAACUCUUCAUGGCAGAUCUAUACCCUCAUGAACGUUUUUUCCUGUCAUGCAGUAAAACAAGUUACCAAAGUGCCUGUUUGCUUGUUGGUUGGAAGAACAAAUCAUCUCCCCCCUAAGUUUUCUGGCUUUUCAGUCAUAAGACCCAACUACACAUAUCUUCAAAGAUGGGUGUGCAGCAAUUAUAUCUAAAAUGGGGGGGGGCAUGAUUUAGCACAUUAAAGAUUGGCAGGGAGCAUUCUGACCAGUGUAACCCAUCCUCCAAAUUCCUCUCCCCACCCCUGCCACAGUUACAUCCCAAGCUGGGAGAAAGUACCUGAAGAAGAGGCUAAGAACAGGAAAACCAGUGAUGAGGAGGGCUCAGUACCUCAUCACCACCCACACGCCCCUUUGCUGUUUAAAUCCCACCCAGGUUGCUUUACACAUGAUUAGUGAAAAACUCUGAAGACAGAUUAGGCCAAAGACUAUGUCCUGUUUGGUGAUGUUAGAAUGCCCAUCAUCUCUCUCUAUACCAAUGAACAUUGUAACACUCUUCUUCACAUCUACUAGGUACUUCAUUGUUAUGUAUAUCUGUAGCUGGUACCUGCCAUUCCCAUUUUCUGAAGACAGAUUAGGCCAAAGACAAUAUACUGUUAGGUGAAGCUAGAACGCCCAUCAUCCCUCUCUAUACCAAUGUACAUCUGACUUAUGGAUCAAAAUGUGGAAAUCUGACAUGUGGGUUGCAGAUCACCUUCCACUUUUGCACAGAAAUGUUAAAAACAUUUAAUAUAAUAUAAUAAAUAUUAUUUAUAAUAUUUUUAGAACAUAGUAUUAAAAUAUUAGGAGGGAAGGAUAAAAUAUUAGGAGGGAAGAAUCUGUCAUAUUGUGUUUUAGCAUUGUUUUAUUGACGUAUUGUGUAUAUUUGUUACUACCAUUUCUGCUGGCCA